AUGUAAUAAUCAAUAGCAUUUAAAGUUUUUAAGAAUUUCGAUAUUUUUGGGCAAAACAUCCAAUUAAACUUCAAUGGUGAUGAUUCUUAUUAAACAGCCACAGGUGGUAUUAUUUCGAUUACAAUCAUUGCUGUCAUUGCUUUCUUUUUCUAAUAAAAUAUUGUAGAUUUCCUGAAUAAAAAUUAUGUGAAUUUAGAUGUAUAAACAUUAUUUGAUGCUAAUCCAGAUGAUAUAAUCUUUAAUGAUGAUAAUUAUAUGUUUGCAUUAGCUAUUGAAUAAAACAAUUUUAACACUAAUCCUUAUUUCAACAUCACUCUGAAAUAAAGAAUUUAUACAAGGUUAAAUAAUGGAACAAUAAUCAAAUAAGAUUCAUUUAUAGAUCUGAUACCAUGUACUAUUGACAGAUUUCAAAACAUAUUUAAUAAUUAAAAUUUCACCGAUCAAUUUAUUUCUCUAGGAUUAUCAGAAUGGUUAUGUCCUCACUACAAUUAUUCAAUAAGAUUAUCAGGUGGAUACACAAGUCAAAUAUUUGAGUUUACCAAAAUAACUGUUUCUGAAUGUUCAAAUUAUACUGAUAAUAAUUAAAUCCUAACUUGGAAGCCAAAAUGUGCUAGUUCAUUUGAUAGAGAUAAUCAUUUAAACAAUGAUAGAUCAUUUAGAUUAAAAAUGUACUUCUUCAUAUCUUAAAUUUAGGUAUAUGACCAAUACUAUCAUUAAUCCAUUAUAACCAAAAAACAUAUCCUAAGUUUUCCUUGAUGAUGAACUAUUCUUUUCAUUUCUCUUACUCACUGGAACUGAAACAGAUGUAUUUUAUUAAAAGUAUAAUGUCACAACCAAUCAAAAUAUAUUCCCAUAUAUUGAAGACAAUUAAGAACAAUUAUUUAAUAUCAAAUAAUAAGGAGAUUUUAGAGUAAACAAUGUUUAAAACAGUGGUUCAUCUUAUUCUGCUCUUUAUAUGAGAAGAAGUCCAUAUACUUAUAAAGUCAAGAGAGAUUUUUAGGAUUUAGCUGAUUUACUUUCAUAUUUAGGUGGUUUUGCUAAUAUUGUUGUUAUGAUUUUUGGAUUUUUUAUAUCAUUUUACAAUAAAUCCUAAUGUAUAUAAUGAAUCUAAUUUAUAUAGUUAUGAUUGAAUUAGCAAAUUAAGUAUAUGAUUUCCCAAUUAAAAAUGUAAGUAAUAUUGAACUUCAGCAAAGAAAAGAAAUCAAAAAGACCAUUGCUAGAGCCAAAAGUAGAACAAUUAUUUAAAAACCAAAUACUCAAUAUUCUUAAUUAUAAUCACCAAAAUAUAAUCAAAAUUAAUAAUUAAUUAUUAAUGAUACAACUAAAUAAGAUGAAUAGUGUAUAACAAAAUAAGGUGAAUAGUAAACAUUUUAAUAAGAAUAAGAAAAAAUUAUUUAAUAAUUAGGUAUAACUGAUAGAAAGAGCUAUUUAACUUAAUAAAUUGAAAAGAUUCUAAAUAGAAGUUGCCCUAUAUUUUUUAAUUGUAAAUAUAUUUUGUAUCAGUUGUUUUGUUAAAGAUUCUUCUAUGAUAGGAAUAGUAUAUUACUAUAAAAAGCUAUGUAAUUUAAAUUAUAUCUAUAAUAGUAAAAACAUCAAUCAAGAUUUAGAUCUAUGUGUUAUUAUUGAUAAAGUUAAAGAAAUUAAUUUGUUAAAAGAAUUAUUAUUAACAGAAGACUAAUUAGUGUUAUUUGAUUUCGCUCCCAAAGAAGUUAUCAAUUUAGAAGUGGAAAAAAAAUUAACCUCAAGGAAUUUAGCUAGGAAUACUAUAAGAAAUUUUAACUAGAUUUAGAAUACACUUAAUAGUUUGGAAGAAUAAAACAAAUCUAAUCAAUCAAUAAAUACCUAUUAUAAAUUAUUUAAGGUUAUAAUUUAUUUUAAUAUAGGCUUAUGAUCGAAUGCAUCAAUCAUUGUAAUAGAAUGAUAAGAUCAAUGAAAAAUUGAUUGGAAAAUUGGGACAGGAAGUAAGAGAUAUUUUUGAAGUUUCUCAAUUUAUUUAAUGGGAAAAUGACAGAAAAAUCAAUAGUGAACCAUUGGAUGAUGAGUUUUAAUGCGAUUCAGUAAAUUCAGAUCCUCCAUGCAUUACAAGUUUAGAUUAAUUAAAAGUUAAUUUGAAAAUAAAUAGUUGA